CGUUGAUCCACCGAUUAGCCGAAUACGACCACUACCCCGAUCUGGUAAUUCUGCGUCUCGUCCUGUCAGACCUGCAUCGUCAUCUAGAUACUGUUCCUCUCCUUGCCAAUUUUCCAGACAGAAGGUGACAGCCGGUGUCUCCAUCUAUCGCAGGGCAUUCGAAGAAUAGAUAGCUUGCUACCGCUCUUCACUCUGCGCAAAAGAUGUUGUAUGCUUCUAGCAUGCGAAACACCUCCCCUUCUCCCUUGGUCUUCACCUCACCCAUCUUUCUCUCCUUCCUAACCACCCCCAUAUCAAGUGGUUCCCCUCCUCCAUUAAACGCUCUCGCCGUGUCCCCUGCGCUCCCGCCAACCCUCCACGACCCCAGUCUUUUCCUCACCCCACCCCGGCCUCCACCGCUCAUCCGCGGCAUCAAGCGACUGACGCCUCGAAACUUCCUCGCACAUCUUGGCCUCCAUCCCGAUGGCACGGCGGAAGGCGAAUUCGCAGGUGAGCAGAACUGGAUAUACAUCACCACAUCAACCGCGUCUUGCCCUCUCAUCAAAUCCUUUGACGCUGCGUUCGAGGCUGUAGCGGAGAGUCAGGGAGAGGUAGUUGAUACGAGCUUGUUCUUCGUAGACUGUGGAGCGGACGAGGAGUUUUGUAAGCGUGGCCUUGGACUGGGUUUGGGAGAAGAAUGGGGAGGGCGCAUCCACGCGCCGGCGCUUGUGCAUAUGGGCUUCAUGGGUCCUUGUACGUAUAGCUCGAGGCAUGUGUAUUGCUGGCGUUGUACGAUUGUGCAUACAUUCGCUGCGCUGCCACUGCAGGGGAGUCCUUGGACGCCGAGGGCUAAGAUCCGGAUGGAAGAUGGGAGCGGGAGAGAUAUCAUUGUCCCUGUAUUUCCCGGGCCGGAAGAACAGUUGAAGAGUUUGAUGUUUCUUGAUGGGGCUGUGGAGGAUUUGGGUGAGGUGGAGGGAGUCUGGAGGAUGUAUGUUAGACCAGGGGAGGAUGGAGGGGUUGAGGUCUUUGGUGCUUGAGCAGGGGUUUUAAACGUGGAAAAUUUGGUAUGAUGCCGAAUGGAACAGUGUGUUUUGUGGCUGAUAGGCAAGUAGCAAGGUAUAUGCUACAUAUACAAACCGCGCGACG